CCUGACCGUGAGGUCUUGUCCAUUAAUUCGAUUUCCAGCAAAUCAAAUUUAAAGAUUGACACCAGAAGAAAGGAAAUCAUUGCAGUCAUUUGCUUCUCCUCUGAAUAUAAAAAGGCGAAAGACGCGAAGAAGAAGAUAUUGAAGUGGCCAACAUGGAUGAAAAGAAAGCGAAGGAUCCAGUUGCUUGCCUCUCCUCUGAAUCAGAAGAAGAAGAAGAAGAAGAAGAUUAUGAGGACGACGAAGAGAUGAGUGGUCAAUCCUGCAGCGACGAGGAGAGCGACUGGAACGAGGAGGAGGAAGCAGAUCUUGAGUCCUCCGAAGAUGAUGAUGGAUCUGAUGACGAUGACAAAGGCGGUUUAAAGUCGACCAAGGUGAUCGACAGUGAAGACAGCUGCAACAGAGUCAUCUUCCUUCUCAAAGGAGGGAGUGAUCUACAAGAACUUAAACUAGUAGAGUGCAAGGCAUAUUUGCGGAAGCAUGGAUUGAGAUUAACAGGGAACAAAGCAGUUUGUAUACAAAGAAUAAAGGAGCAUUGGAGGUCAGCUUUAUAUGAUUUUAUACAUUAUUAUCAUUUUUAUAUCAUUAUAGCCAUAUUGAUUGCUUGCUCAAGUUGCUUUAGGAUGGAUGAAGGACCUCCAUUUUUCUCGCUGAUUCAACCUCGUGCAUUUCCUUUUUGUUUCCUUUUUAUUUAUUGUUUUUGGGAGAUUGUGAAAAGUCCAAAACAUCUGUUUUCUUGGGUCUAUUUUCUCAUCUUGCAUGUUCCCUUUGGAGUUGUGCAUCUAAUUCCUGUGAGUGUGGCUCAUGUGUGAGUGGGUGCAAAUGAUGCAACAAUCAAUAUAACGUAUGUAACUCUAGUUAAACCAAAAAACGUCUAAUAAAUCACUUCAUGCUUAAUCACAUAUACAUCUUAAUUUUUUUCACAUAACAGAUACAUAUAUUACAUAUAAAACUCUAUAGUUAAACCAAAAAGCAUCUAAUGUCCAGAACAUCUUAUCUUUUAUGGUCAAGUGUCUUUGCCCUCUCCCAUUCCACCAUCAAAUCCAAUGUCCCUCUUUUGCUUUCUUCCUUUGGAAAAGUUCCGACUCUUCCAAAUUCCUUCACCCCCUCAGUUGGGGCCUCUAUUUGUCUCCCUAAAUAUGAAGGAGGCUUGGGAUUGAGAAGAACCAAGGAAACUCUUCCAAAUUUCUUCACCCCCUCAUCUGGAAAAUUGCUUCCAAGGAAAAAGGGAUUUGGGUUUCCUGGGUCUACUCUCAUCUCCUCAAGAAUGACUCCAUGUGGACGGUUUCCCCUUCCUCUGAUGCCUCUUGGGUCUGGCGCAACAUUCUCAAUGUCCGCCCCAUGGCCUUACAUACCAUCUCCUCCUCUAUUAGCAAUGGCCUACACCAAUCUCUGGCUCAACCCUUGGCACCCUGCAGGUGCCCUUCCUCAAAAUUAUUUACUCCUCUGGCUUAGGGAGAAAUGCCUCUGCCUCUGCCUCUGCCUCCUUCAUCACCUUUAAUAAUGUUUGGCGCCCCCCCUUUCAGAUAUUUGGUCCUCAUUCUGUCCCCUUCCUACAGGCCACUGUGGAGGAGAGGGUACCAGCUUCUGGCUUCCCUACCACACUAGGAAAUUUAGCUCUGCCUCUGCUUGGAACCUUAUCCAAUCCUCCUUUGGCCAACAACCUUCCUUGGGCAUAAAACCACCUAGUUUAAACGCCACAUCCCCCGCCAGAGCUUCACAGCUUGGCGUGCCUUGACCAACUGCCUCCCAACGCAAUCAUUCCUCACCUACCUAUACAUCAAAUUGCCCCCCUCUUGUUGUCUUUGUUGGAAUGCCAAUGAAGACGUUGACCACCUUUCUUAUCCUACCCCUUCUCCAUCAUAUAUGGAAGGAGAGUCCUUCGCAACUGCUGGCCAUCCUGAAGGAAUCCCCUCCCUCU